AUGGCGUCCCGCUUGGUACGAAGCGCUGUCGGCGCAUCUCCCCUCCUCCGAACCACCAUCUCCCGAUCCGCCCCGGCGAUUUCUGCCGCCGCCGUGCGAUACUCGAGCAACGUGCCCGCCGAGGAGCCCAAGAAGAAGGCCCAGAGCAUCAUCGACGCCCUUCCCGGUAGCAGCCUCAUCAGCAAGACCGCCUUCCUCAGCGGUGCCGCCGGCCUCAGCGUCUACGCCCUCAGCAAUGAGUACUACGUCAUGAACGAGGAGACGGUUGUUGCCGUGUGCUUGCUGGCCGUCUGGACUGGUCUGCUCAAGUACGGCGGCCCUGCCUACAAGGAGUGGGCCGAGGCUCAGAACGAGAAGAUCAAGAACAUUCUCAACAGCGCCCGCGCCGACCACACCGAGGCCGUCAAGACCCGCAUUGAGGACGUCAAGCAGAUGAGCGGCGUUGUCGACAUCACCAAGGCCCUCUUUGAGGUCUCCAAGGAGACUGCCAAGCUUGAGGCUGAGGCUUUCGAGCUCGAGCAGCAGACCGCCCUGGCUGCCGAGGCCAAGGCCGUCCUCGACUCCUGGGUCCGCUACGAGGGCCAGGUCAAGCAGCGCCAGCAGCAGGAGCUCGCUGCCUCCAUCAUCGCCAAGGUCCAGAAGGAGCUCGAGAACCCCAAGGUUCUGCAGCAGAUUCUGCAGCAGAGCGUAGCUGAUGUCGAGAAGAUUGUUUCUGCCAAGCAGUAG